UGGGAUGCAACGCACGGAUGGCCCAACCCGGAAACGAGAGAAAGGCAUAUGACGGCGGCAAGAUUAUCGAGAUUUAAUGUCGAAGGCCCAUUGGAGUGUGUUCAUCUUUACUGUAAACAUACACGGAGGUUAGCGGAAAGCAGGUUCCCAGUUGCAUGUGACGGUCACCUGUUAGCCAGGCCAAGAGGAGUAGCAGCCUGUCCACACCGACACAGCCCAGUCCUAUUCUAUUCAACUACAGGCUCCAGUAUGAGUAGUAAGAAGCUGCUGGUGGAUGUGGACUGUGGGGUGGAUGAUGCUCAGGCUAUCAUGAUGGCACUGGCCACCCCUUAUGUAGAGGUCCUGGGCAUCACCUGUGUCCAUGGCAACACCAAUGUGGAGAACGUGUGCAAGAACACGCUGCGGGUGCUUCAAGCCUGCAACAGACUGGAGAUCCCAGUAUUCCGUGGUGCUGCCAAGCCUAUCCUGGGGAAUGUGAUCAGUGCGGGAAACUUCCAUGGCCAGGACGGGUUGGGGGAUGCUCCAGACCCAAACGCUCCGGGGCUGGACAUGCUGCAGAUGGAAGGAGCGGUAUCUGCACUGAUCCGGAUAGUCAACGAAAACCCUGGAGAGGUAUCUCUGGUGGCCACGGCUCCCCUCACCAACCUAGCUCUGGCUGUAAGAAUGGAGCCAUCCUUCCCCAGCAAACUUAAAGGCCUUUACAUCAUGGGAGGCAACACAGAGUCCAGAGGAAACACCACAGUGUGUGCAGAGUUUAACUUCGCUGCCGACCCGGAAGCAGCUUACAUCGUACUGAAUGACUUCCUGUGUCCCACUUACAUAGCCAGCUGGGAGUUCACCUGCUACAGCAAGCUGCCCUGGUCGUGGUGUGAUGACUGGCUGGCCCAGGAGUCAGAGAAGGCUCGCUUCAUGGCCCAGAUCUUCCGCCACAGUAUGGAGGAGUCGUACAGUGAGCGCUCCCAGGCGGAGAUGAUUGACGGCAUGGGCUUUGUGUCAUGUGACUCCUACGCCAUGGCGGCAGCUAUCGACAACACCUUUGUCACAGAGAGCGACCACAUGGCGGUGAGCGUGGAGCUGACGGGCACACACACGCGUGGCAUGAUGAUCCUGGACACACUGGGCAUGCUGAAGAAGACUCACAAGGCCUUCGUCAUGAAGAAGGUGAACAUGGUGAGGUUUGAGCAGAUGAUGAUGGACGCUCUGAAGUAAUCUCUAGGUCUGCUACAGCUAACCACUAGACUGUAGAAGUAAACUAACCACUACACGUGAGCAGAUGAUGAUGGACGCUCUGAAGUAAUCUCUAGGUCUGCCACAGCUAACCACUAGACUGUAGAAGUAAAAAAACAACUACGGGAACGCUCUAUGGGACCGUAACCAGGGAAAAGUGACAACUCCAACCUCAACCAGUCAGCCCAAGAUCGUGGACGUUAAGGCAGCCCCCAACACCUCUCUGAUUGAGGGGUUGGGUUAGAUGUGGAAGACACAUUUCGGUUAAAUGCAUUCAGUUGUGCAACCCUUUUCCCUUUUACUGUAUUGUCAGCUCACGUUGAUGUUAAGAAUCAUGCCUUGUCAUUUAGAUAAACAUUUUUAAAUAAAUCGAUUGAAUUACAACUCAUA